AUGGCGUUGGUGGAAGCCCAGGGCCUGCUGGCCAAGCUCGAGACGUCGUUCAAGAAUGGCGCGUGGCAGGAGUGCGCAGGGCUCAUUAGCAAACUGAAGGUGCUGAUGUUGUCGUUCCCGGGGCUGACCGUCGGGGGGCAGGCGUCGCAGCAGGUGUCGCGCGAGGUGGAGGUGGCGCGCGCGACGCUGGAACUGGCGAUGUUGGUUGCGCUCCAGCAGCAAGACGCAGCCGCGUUCGACCGCAACCUAGCGCAGCUGCAAGUCCUAUAUCACGACUUCAAGGACAAGGCCCCGCGCAGUGAGCGCGAGCCGCUGCUGACAGGUUUGAACCUGAUGCGGCUGCUCGCGGACAGCAGGACGGCGGAGUUCCACACGGCGCUGGAGCUGAUCCCGGUGGCCGACCAGGGCCACCCGUGCAUCCGCUUCCCCAUGGAGGUGGAGCAGUGGAUGAUGGAGGGCGCGUACCGGAAGGUCGCGCGGUGCGGCGCCAGCGCCCCGGACCCCUCGUACGCCUACUUCACCGGCCUGCUCGAGUCGACCGUGCGCGACGAGAUCGCGUCCUGCUGCGAGAAGGCGUUCCGGUCCCUCACAGUCGCGGAGCUCGCGAGGGUUCUCGGCGUGUCGGAGCCGGACGCGAAGGCGAUCGCGGCGCGGCGCGGGUGGCAGGAGGGUCCGGCCGGGUACGAGUUCGCGGCGACGGUGCGCGCCGGGGACGCGCGGGGGCCCGGGGCGGUGCCCGCCGAGGAGCUCAUCCAGAACUCGCUGCUGUACGCGCGGGAGCUGGAGCGCAUCGUGUGA